AGGAAGAGGUUUGAUCACAUGAAGAACGCCACUCCUCUUUUCUUAUUUGUCUCAUAAACUUCUGUCCAACUCCCUCUCUCCUCUUUCACCAUCAUGGAUUUCAGUGGGAAAUAUGAGCUGGAGAGUCAAGAAAACUACGAGGCAUUUCUAGAAGCAAUUGGGCUUCUCAGUGCCAAGACGGACGAGAAAGUGAUAACCGAGGUGGUCCAGGAUGGAAAUAACUUCACCUGGACACAGUCGAUCCCUAACUGGUCUUGGUCCAACACAUUCACGGUUGGACAGGAAUGUGAGCUGGUCACAAUGACAGGAGCCAAGUUCAAGGCCCCCGUCACUUUAGAGGGCGGCAUCAUUUCCAUACAGUUUCCUCAAUACCACUUCACUGCACAGAUCACUGACGAUAAGCUUGUAAUGAAUUGCGUAACUCCAGGAGAAAAGGGUGUGACUUUCAAGAGACUUAAUAAGAGGAUCUAACACUGCGAGACUCAACAUGCUGUAAUGGAAAAAAAAACCUGGAGGAAGCCAUGAAAAGGAGUUACUGAGGGUUAAAAGUAACUGUCUAUUCAGAGAAGUGAAACUUUACUGUAUUUUUGUCAGUGCUUUCAGUUGAAAGUAGACCAUACUCUGUACUGUAUUUCUGUAUGAAUUCAAUAACUCAUCUGUGCCAGUGUUCAUAUUUGAUUUAAUAAAAAUCUAUAAAAUAUG